AUGUCGGACUUUCAAGCCCUCCUUUCGGUCCAGGGAAUGACAUGCGGUGCGUGUGUGGAUACGGUGCACAAGCAGGUGAGUGGUGUAAAAGGUGUGGAAGAUUGUGAUGUAUCUUUGUUGACGGAAGAAUGUCAUGUAAAGUUUGAUAGUAAGCUCACUAGCACGUCGGAAUUAGUGGAGACAAUUCAAGAUUGUGGUUUCGAUGCUACGUUGAUCGCAGAGGAGCCUUUAAAAUUGAUUGGAUCUGUUUCAGAGCAACAUUCUGGUACAAUUUUGGUCGGCGGAAUGACUUGUGGUGCUUGUGUUCAAACAGUGACAACACAAGUUCUGAAAAUUAGCGGUGUUCUUGAAUGUACAGUUUCUUUGGCAACGGAGGAAUGUAAUGUGAAGUUCGAUCCUAAUCUAACGUCAAUCGCUGCGAUUGCCGAAUGUAUCGAAGAUUGUGGAUUUGAUGCUAAAAUUAUUAGCGAGGAAAGAAGUACUGUUCCCACUAAAGAAAAACAGCUGUGCCUUAAGAUAUUUGGUUUGGAUCCAAAUGAUGGCGCUGUCGUCGUUGAAGCGAAACUAUCGCAGUUGAAGGGCUUGCUAUCCGUUGAUGUCUCAAUGAGUGAAGAAGAAGCUAAAAUUGUCUAUGAUGCAAGCGAGAUCGGUAUCCGUGAUAUUGUCGACUGCAUUCAGUCCUUGGGCUGUGAGACAGUGAUAUCAAAUGCCUUAGAUAACUCAACACAAUUAGCUCUACUCUCUAAAGUUAGAGAAAUACAUUUUUGGAGAGGGAACUGUAUCAGAGCUGCAGUAUCUGCAGUUUUAAUCAUGUCCUUAUAUAUGUGUGUGCCGUUUCUAUUUCCGCACAGGAUGGGUCAUUUCCCAUAUACUAUGACACCCAUUAAAGGUUUCUUCUACAGAGAUAUAUUUGGAAUUAUUAUCACGAUAUAUGUUCAGCUAUAUGUUGGAUCGUAUUUCUAUAGAGCGGCUUGGACCUCUCUAAAACAUGGAUCUGGUACCAUGGACACUUUAAUCGGAAUUUCUACAGCUUGCGCAUACAUUUUUUCCUUUUAUUCCAUUGCCUCUAACAUUUACCACAAGUCUUCCACCAUGCCAAAAGUUAUUUUUGACACUGCAAUCAUGCUCAUUACUUUCAUCUCGCUUGGUAAAUUACUCGAAAAUAGAGCCAAAUCAGAGACAUCCACAGCAAUGAGUAAACUUAUAUCAUUGACUCCAUCGUCUUGCACGAUUGUCCUUCCCGAUCAAACUUCUAGAGAGAUUCCAAUUGAAUUACUUCAGCCAAAUGAUAUCGUGGAAGUGGUUCCAGGUAUGAAAAUACCUGCUGAUGGUGUCAUCAUACGGAAUGAAACAGAAGUUGAUGAAUCUCUAAUUACUGGUGAAUCAAUGUUGGUUGAGAAAACUGUGGGGUCUCAAGUAAUUGGUGGAAGUGUAAACGGUCCAGGUCAUUUCUAUUUCAAGGCUACACGAGUUGGUGAGGACACAAAAUUAGCUAGCAUAAUUUCAACCAUGAAAAAGGCACAACUAUCUAAGGCUCCAAUUCAGAGAUAUGCAGAUAGAAUGGCAGGUGUAUUUGUACCAUUCGUCCUGUCUUUGGCGCUUCUAACAUUCGUUAUAUGGAUGUGUGUGAGUUAUUCUUUGAAGAAUCCACCAGCAAUCUUUAACAAUGAUAAUGGAAAGUUUUUCACUUGCAUGCAAAUAUCUAUUUCGGUUAUUAUUGUUGCAUGUCCAUGUGCUUUGGGGUUAGCUGCACCAACUGCAAUCAUGGUUGGCACUGGUGUCGGUGCAAGCAACGGUGUUCUUAUUAAAGGUGGUGAAAUUUUGGAGAAGUGUAACUCUUUACAGACGUUCUUGUUUGAUAAGACAGGAACUUUAACCACAGGCCGUAUGAGCGUAGAAAAUUUUAUUCCAUUAGGCGAUGAGUUAAAAGAGCUACAUUGGAAAAUGAUCGCCCUUUGUGAAUCCAUUGGGGAUCAUCCUGUUGCGAAGGCUAUAGUAAACUUUGCUGAAAAUAAUAUUAACCCUUCAACGACCUUCGACUUGCAAAUGUCAAACGAAGAAGUUAUCAUCGGCAAAGGAAUCAGUUGUAAAAUAUAUGACAAGAACAGCUCAGAAACCUACGAUAUAGUGAUCGGAAAUAAGAAAUUGCUUCCUGAUGGAAAUGCUGGCAACUCCCCUCCAUCAUGCCUUACUGAAUCAUUCGUCUCGAUUAAUGGGAACAUCGUUGGGAAAUUCGAAAUAGCAGAUAGGGUUAAAGUUGAUUCUCAUCUAGUUAUAAGAUACUUACAAGAUAUGGGUAUAAGAUGUUGUAUGGUAACAGGUGAUGUGCAUGAAUCGGCACUAAAAGUGGCUGAACAACUAAAUAUUCCUGCUUCCAACGUUUUUAGCGAGGUUACACCUGAAGAGAAACGUAACAUCGUAAUUCAACUUCAAAAUGAAGGUACAGAAAGAGUUGCUUUUGUGGGGGACGGUAUCAAUGACUCGCCGGCACUUGUUGAAGCAGACCUAGGUAUAUCAAUUUCUUCAGGAACUGAUAUUGCAAUAGAAGCCGCAGAUAUUGUUAUUCUUGAUUCCAAUAACAAUAACGACACUUUAAAAGGGUUGAUAUAUGCUCUUGAUAUAUCUCGUAAAACGUUUCACAGAGUUAAACUCAAUUUCUUUUGGGCGUUUUGUUACAACACUUUUAUGAUCCCAGUUGCUAUGGGUGUGUUGGUACCUUGGGGUAUUACUUUGCAUCCAAUGCUGUCUGGUGCAGCAAUGGCCUUGAGUUCUGUUUCCGUUGUGUGCAGCUCUUUAAUGCUUAAAAGAUGGACUCCUCCAUCCUUAAACACAAAACCAUUAAAAGACUCUUCCGGAUUAAGCUGGAUGAGGUUUGGUAGACGCCGUGCCAGAAAUGACGACAUCGAGCUCCAAGAGAGAUUAGUGUAA